UUGUGUGCACGCUUUAAAUAGCCUGUAUACAAAACACUGCUGCAAGACCGCUGUCAACAUCCGUGUUUCUUGCACAGUAUUUGUGUUUACUGAAGAACAUGCCGACCAGUACACUACCGCCCAAGAAAAAGUCGUACGUCCCUGAGGAAGAAGAGAGUGGUGUUGGCGGCACAAUGCACCAUGUCACCACCACUGGCGUGGCCUUUCUGGACAGUUUGAGCGAGCUCCCCGCCAAACGGGCACGCCCAGAGCGUCUUCCAAAGGAAGAAAAAUUGGUGGAAUGGUUAAAGAAUAAUUUUGAGAAGAAGGAAGAAAAGAAAGUUGCAAAAUCUGCGGCCUAUGAAAAGUACCUUGAAGAAUGUUCAGAGAACCCGGCCUUUGAUAGUCUGGCACUAGACAAAGGGGAUUUUUUAAAGGUGGUUAAAGAGAUAUUUGAUGGUACGUUUGGGUUAAAAGAAAGCUCCAAGUAUGUGGGUGAACUGAGAGAGGUGAAGACCAGACCAAACCGUCCCAAGGUGAAGGCACCAAGUUUGGGGCUCAAAAUGAAAGAAAUUAUUGAAAAUGUCAUCACAGAAGCUGGGAAUCCUAGAAAAGGUGUAAGAUUUUUCUUACUGAAGACUCAGAUCGCCCACAAAUACCCAGCUCUGCGGAUUAUGGACUACCCUGAGAAGCUGAAGAAAAGUCUGGAGAGGGAAGUGAGGAUGGGACACAUUGAGGUGGUGCGUGGCAUCGGCGCCUGUGGGUACUACCGCUGUCCUGGUGACCCCCUGAGGGAGGACGAGGAGGAAAACAAAGAAAACAAGAAAGAAACAAAGAAGAAAGGAGAUGAGGAGAAAACAGAGGAGGGAGAUGUGGAGAAUGCUGAGGAAGGAGGGAAGGAAGGAGGAAGUGAGAAAGGAAAGGAGGAGGAGAAAAAGGAGGGAGAAGAGGGAGACGAUGAAGCUGAGAAGAGUGCCGGAGAAGACAAGAAAAAGAAAAAGAAGACUAAAAGAAAGCAAGCCAGUUACUCAUACGGCCAGCGUAUAGUGCACAGCCAUCCGCAGAAAAUAGAGGACACAUUCCCAUUGGCUCUUACCUUUAUGGCAGAUCCCAAGCACGCCACAAUGGGGAAGAUUAGCAAUUACAUCAACCGUUACUACCCCAACGUCAAUAUACAAUCUAAAUUGAAGAAAUGUCUGGAAUCAGGAGAAGAGAAAGGGCUCUGGGUCAAAUAUUCUGGGAGUUCAUACAGACUGGAGGCUGAUGAGUUUGACCCCAGCAAUGAGGACAAUCUUCCCACUCUGAUCUGCAAUGCUAUUGUGGCAUGUAAUGAACCCAAACAGUGCAGCUCCAAGCUACUGAAGCAGUAUAUCAUGGACUACCACCCUGACUUUAAAGUGGAUGCCAGGCCGCAGCUCUUCAAGAGGGCUGUGGAGAGAGCCUUGAAUAAGGGGACAUUGAGACAGCUGUCUGGUAUUGGACUAACAGGUUCCUUUCAGCUGAGUAAACCUUUCACCCCCACCCCCUCCAUGUUGGCUGGUACUGAUACUGGAGACACUGAUGAUGAGGAGGGAGGAGAAGAUUACUGGGAGGACAGCAAGGUGUAUGAUGCAUACGUUCCAAGGCCGUCCAAGAGAAGAGGUCAUGGUCGUAAAGCCGCCAUUCGUGACCUUGACCAGCUGCAGAUCAGACACGAGGUUAGCCGGAGGAAGAAGUCCACUGUGACUAAAAAGGGGCGAAAGACUACUACCAAACGCAGGUCGUAUAAAGAGGAGAGUUCUGGCAGUGAAUCAGAAAGUUCUUCAGAGUCGAGCUCAUCAUCAUCAUCAUCAUCAUCAGAGGAAGAAGAGGAGGAGGAAAAGAAAGUGGCAGCAAAAACCAAAAGGAGGCAACCUCAAAAACAGCAGGGCAAACCUGCUAAAAAGACACCCCCGAAAAAACAAGGGGCUAGAAGUUCACCAAGGAAAUCUCCCAAGUCUGUGUCAUAUGUGGAAGAGACAGAUUCUGAGGGUGAAGAAAAACCAGUGAGAUCAUCUGGCAAAAAAAGUAAAAGAUCUGCUCCUGCCAAAAAAUCCCAAGCUGAGGAAAGCGACCAAUCAGAAGAUGAGGCUGUCUCACAAAAGAAGAGUUCAAAGUCAACUCCAGCAUCUACAAAGAGAGGCAGAAGAUCGGCUUCAACAAAGAAAUCCCAGGACGAAAGUGACAAGUCAGAGGAGGAAGAUGCAAAGAAGAGUCGAGGUAAAAAGUCGCCAGCAGCCUCACCUAAGAAGAGUAACAAGACUUCACCAAGGAAGAGAUCAUUUCAGGGCAAUAGCUCUGGUGUCCCACCCAAAAAGAGAGGGCGGCCAUCUUAA